AUGUUUAGUGAAUCGGAAAAUACUACAACUGCUUCUUCAUCAAGGAAAUCGGGAUCAUCUUCUAAAACUUCAAGCGAGAAAAUCUCAAUCAAUGAAUCAUCUCGUUCCAGCAUAAGAGAUUCAUUAUCAUCAUCUGAAGCGGCUACCAAGGUAAGUCAUGAAUAUUCUAAUGGUGUUUCAAUCAAUUUAGAUGUGUCGGCGAACAAUAAUCAUCAACAAAAUGAAAUUUCAACUGGAAACAGUUUGAACACAAGUUCAUCUUCUAUAAUAACAAAUACUUCGAUUGCUAUUAAUGAAGGUGUGUAA